GAGGGAGAGAGAGAGAGAGAGAGAGGCUCUGAGCAGUUCCGCUUUGGAUCUCCGGGAAGCAAGGUUCAUCUCCUCCGCCAGGAAAGAAAGGGGAGCCUGAGGGUCUGGGAGGUUAGAAGCGAGCAGGUUUCCUGCAGAGACUUGGGAAGCGGCAGAACUCUGGACAGCGCCUCGCGAGCGGGGCUCCUUGCUCCUGGUUCCUCCAGGUUUCUGGCUGCCUCUUGAAAGAAAGCCCUUCUACCGGUGCACUCUCUUCUCCUGGACUCAGACCACCGAACCCAGGAAAAUUCUACGAUUCCUGCCUGAACGUACCAGGGGGUGGAACGACUCUUUUGCUCUGGCCCAGUCCGGGAAGAGGGUCUCCGGUUCUGGAAAUCUAGUCCUUGUGGAUAAUGCUUCGCUGGUGAAGAAAGAAAAGUUUUGGGGUCUGGUAGGGGGCGGAAGGGGUAAGGAGGAUAGUGGAAGGAAGAAGGUGGAUGGUUGGUUUCCCUCUCUGAUCUGGAAGGAAUGAUGACCGAGGAAGGAUGUGCACCAGCGGCCAGAUUAUUGGGAGCCUCUUGGUGCUCUCUGUGCUGGAGAUAGGGCUGGGGGUAUCCAGCGUGGCCGUGGGGGCGGUCAGCUUCAGCCUGGCCCUCCGAGAGCACAAGCCGCAGCUCGGAGACUCGUCCCCGGUAUGGAGCGGGGUGUGUUUCCUUCUUUGUGGCAUAUGUGGAAUAUUGUGCGCCAAAAAAAAAUCUGGACUUGUCAUGAUCCUUUUCUCUGCUUGCUGCAUCUGUGGACUCAUUGGGGGCAUCCUGAAUGUUCAGUUCCUUCGGGCAGUGACAAAGAAAAACUCUUCCCUCUAUUCUCUGCAUCUUGCCUCCAUGUCCCUCGCAUGCAUCGGGAUCGGCGGCUGCACCCUCUCUUCCUGGCUAACUUGUCGACUAGCCAGCUACGAACAGAGGAGGAUGUUUUCGGAGAGGGAGCACUCGCUGCACCACUCUCAUGAAAUGGCUGAGAAAAGAUUGAGGGCUAUUGAAAUAACCGACUUGCCCAGCUGCCCGGUGGUGCCCCCGACACCAGAGUUACCUACAAGGAAAUGACAGACAACAUGAGCAAUGGAGGACCACAACUGAUAUUUAACGGAAGAGUAUAAUCAAUGUUUUAAAGAACUGAACAUUUUUUAGGAUUUUCAUGAGGAAAGGAAAUACCAAAGGAGUAGGGGAUAAAAUUAAAGCAGUUCUUAUAUUUGCUGUUUUCCCUGAUGGGCACCCAGUAUAAUCAUUCUCCCUCAGUUUGCCUCAC